CGACGAGGCUAUAUAACCCACUCUGCUUCGCCUUCUCCACAGUACUCAGUACCCAUCCCGACGUUCCCGCGUCCAUUCACCUUCGGCGUCUAGUCUUCUUCACGUCCUGUGAUCUGCUCGCGCCUCCUCCUGUACAUCGUCAUAUACUUCGUAGCUUCUCGAUCCCACCCUUCUACCGCUCACCAUGAAGUUCACCUCCGUCCUCUCCACCGCCUCCCUCGUCGGUCUCGUCGCCGCGCAUGCUGGGCCCGCUCCCCUCACCUGGAAGCGCGACAAUCUCGAGGCGCGCGACACGCUCGAGCGCCGCUGCGGCAGCGCCCUCGCCCACAAGCGUGCUAAGCGCGCAGAGGAGGCGAUGAACACGGUGCUCGCGAGGCGCGGGCUGGAAGGGUCGAAUGUGAAGAUCCACCCAAAGCGGUCGACGAACCAGGAUAGCACUUGCUUGGUGACGCCGGAGGUCACGCAGGGUCCCUACCACGUUCUCGGUGAGAUUGUACGCCAGAACAUGACCGAGGACCAAGCCGGUGUUCCCCUCGAGAUCUCCGUCGACUUCAUCGACAUCAACAACUGCGAGCCCCUUUCAAACUACUGGAUCGACAUGUGGCAGUGCAACUCCACCGGCCAAUACGCACACUACGCCUCUUCCACCGUCGGUACUGGCGGCGGUAGCGGUGGCGGCACCCCGCCUUCCGGCUCCGGCGGCGCUGGCUCGGGCUUCCCCAGCACCACGGAGGUCGCCACCUCCACCCUCGGCCCGUACUCGGGCGCGGACGACCCUGCGGCGGGCGCAUUCUUGAACACAACGAUGGAGGACAACGAGACGUUCUUGAGGGCGGUGUAUCCGACUGACGAGAACGGUCACCUCACAGCGUACACGAUCGUCCCUGGGUGGUACUCCGGCCGCGCCGUCCACUUUCACAUCAAGGUCUAUCCCGAGGGCUACAUCGCCGAGAACGGCACCUUCGUCGCAAACUCGAGCGCGCAGCACACUGGCCAAUUCUUCUUCGACGCCGACACCAUGGACGCCGUCCGCCAGGUCGACCCGUACACGUCGAACACCAUCUCCUGGGAGGACGCUGUUGCGAAUGAGGACGACCAGUGGUACCCUUACCAGAGCGCCACGGGCUACGACGCUGAGAUGGCCAUCACCUGGGUCGGUGACAACCUCGAGGAUGGUUUGAUCGGCAGCAUCACCGUCGCUGUCAACACCAGCUACACCAGCCCCGAGCUCUCGACGCAGUACUCGAGCUUCAACGUGGCGGAGUACCUCGAGGAGGGCCUCCUUCCAUUUGCGUCGACCAGCGCUUUGGAGAGCGGAGAGACAGCUGCUGCCAACUAAGCCCUUCUCAAGCUACCGGAAAUGGACCGGGCGGCUGCAAUCUAGAUGAACAUGGGAUCUUCGUGUAAAAGCAAUCUAAUCACAUGGGUUUUGAGCAAGUC